AUGACUCCAGCGCCAGCAGAUGUGCCUGCCAAAGCCGAGGUGGACGACUUCUUGCGUCGCAAACGAAAGGCGCGUGAACACAAGGCGUGCUAUCCGUGUCGACAACGAAAAGUUCGCUGUGAUCUUGCCAGGCCCUGCCGCACCUGUGUUGAGCGCGAACAUCCAGAAUUGUGCGACUACCAUCCACCUAGCAAGAAGCAGAACACUUCCUCCUCAUCCUCGGCAACUCUCCCGCUUCCUACUGCGGGUACCAGCGGAGGAGUUUCUGCAUCGAGUGCCAACACAGUGACGCUUUCACGAUCGGAUUUUGAUCAUCUCUGUCGCAAACUUGACAAUGUCGAAAACGCGCUGGAAGACAUGCGUAGGGAGAUGAGGGGUAGGAAUAGUAGACCGGCUCAGCACACUUCUGGACGUUCUUCACCAUCAAGCACUACGCAGAAGACGGACACUGCUCAGCCAUGGAUCAAUAAUCAAUUCACCCGUCAUACCACUGUUCAUGGACUUCACGCUCGCAAUGAUCUUACUGGGCAAACUGUACAUCUUGGAGGAUCCUCGGUACCCGCGCUUGUCAUGGCUUUGGGCCAAGGUGACCGCGAACAGCCUUCGGUUCAAGAAAUCUUGGGCAGAUCCAUUCUUCCCAUGUUCGGUCUGGACAACGAGACAGCGACGUAUCCGUUUGUGGAUCUCUGGGGACUGGCUCAUGGCUCGCUCGCACGCGCGCAAGAAUUGGCCAAGACGAUACCUACCGACAGCCAAUGUUUGUCUUUCUUCCGAUACUAUCAGAAUCUUGGAAACAUCAUUUUCCCAGGUGUUGCAGACAUUUCGACGUUCGAGAUGGACUUGACGCGAUUCCUGCAGAAGAGGAACGAACAGAUGGGUGUAGCUGGAUCUCUGCCUGCCGACAGUCCUCUUCCUGGAGUAAAUGAGCAGGCUAUCUACGACAAGAAUCUUGAGUGGGUGGGAUUGCUGUUCGCCGUUCUGGCAAGUGGUUGCCAGUGCUCUGGCCUGCCGAGGAAAGAACGAGAAUUGACCUCUCAAGUCUACACAGUGUGUUGCAGUUUCGAAUGUCUGCGCUUCACCAACUUCCUAUCGCAUGUGACAUUAGAGAGUAUCCAAACACUGUUGAUUCUUGGAAAUGUUAUUUCCAACAACAUGAACGCCGGCACUUCAUGGUCUCUCAUGGGACUUACGCUAAGACUAGCAAUGAGUCUGGGUUUACACCGUAGCUGUCCACCUGCCGCAGACAUCGAGACCAAAGCAAUUCGAUCCAAAGUAUGGUGGUCAAUCGUAUGGCAGGACAGUCUACUGUCAAUCACAUACGACCGAGCCGCGACGACCGCAUAUAUCGACCCGUCAAGUAUGCCAGCACCCGACGCAUACACUGAAAUCCCACCUUAUCACCUCGCCAUGUACAGACUCUGCAGGGUCGGUCUGGAAAUUGUUCGCGACCGCACGAAAACCAUGAGCUCGCGUGAGCUGUUCGCCAGGAUCACGAACCACAGAAACGAGAUCGAUGACAUCAUGGCAGGUACAGCUGAUUACUUGCGUGACUCACGCACUUGCAAAACAGUAGAAGAGUCGCUCGAGCAUUGGGCUCUGUACCUGCACGUGUCGUACAUAGUGUCCGAAUUAUGUCGACCAGCCAUCAGUCCCAGCACAGCCAACUACGAGCUCUCCAAGGCCUUUAAGCAGACAUGCAUCGAUAGCUUGGUCAGCACAGUCGAGGCUUUCCUGGGCCUGCAAAACAUCACGCCUUACGCAAGACAAUCCUGGGCUGCCGUGCACCGCAGUCUGAGUUCCGCACUCCUCCUCGGCAUCAUGGGCGAACACGCCCACAACGAGCGCGCACGCCGCCUCCUAGGCAGAUUCGUGGCGCUCAUGUCAGACAUGCAAUCAGCACUCGACCCGCAAGAACUGGCCGCACCCAUGGAACGAGCCAUCACCGCACUCAAGAAACUGAACAUCCAAGAAUCGAGGCCGUCGAGGUUUAUCGAGGAUAUUGCCUUGGCGCCCUCUGGUGGCAGUGUUGCGGAUAGCAGCGAGAGUCCUGGUAUGGCGGGGGUGGAUCACUCGAGCGUGUUUCCUUCCAACACGAGUGCGUUGGUUGAUGAGGAGUAUUCGCCUUAUAGCGUGCUCAACUCGAUCUUGUGGGGUCAAGGGCCGACUCCUUAG